ACUCUGUUGUCUUGCUAAAACUCUAACAUUAAAUUACUUUCUUGAAUGAAGCUGGAACAAAUCUAACAUAAAAAGAAAAUGAUGGGCAAGUUGAUGUUAUUCGUAAAUUUAUUUGGAUUAUGUAUAAAGUGAUCCGAAUCUCUCUCUUCUUCUAUAAAUAGUGGCCAUUCCCAUUGGUUGAAAUCACAAAAGCAUCAUAAGAAGAAGAAGAAACUACAGAAGUUAAUCAAUCAAAGACAAGUAAGAGAAAUGGGACUGAUUCUAACCAGGAUGAUUCUAAUUGUGGAUGUGGCUCCUCCUGCAAAUGUGGUGACUCUUGCAGUUGCGAGAAGAACUACAACAAGGAGUGCGACAACUGUAGCUGUGGGUCAAACUGUAACUUUUGAUGAAAUUAUUAUGGUCUAAAAUCAUAUAUAUGGCAGAAAAAUUGGGGAAAAUAUGUGUUUUAUGCUAAGAGAUGUGUGUGUUGUUGGAAUAAAGACGUGACCGUUGUGUUGCGUAUCAACUCUCUUAAGCUUUUGACUUUUCCCAGCUUUGUAUCAAAGCUGAGGCAUACAUACCCUUGUAACGUCUCUUCACAUUCGAACAAGUCCCACUCUCACCAAUUCGUCAUUUGAGAAUUGAUAUAAACCCUAAUUACGAACUGGUUUUCUCAAACUGGCCCAUUAACCAGACCCAUCAGCUCUUGCGUUUACCAAUUCUAUUUCUUUCAAAGAUAGGGAUAAUAUUUGUAAAAUAACA